ACCCUCUGUUUUCCAAUUUGACAUCAAUAUUUCAAUUAGCGGUGUAUUUUUGUUGUUUAUUAAUAUUCACGGCACGGUCCAUAAAUAUCGGCUGCUUAAAUAUUUGGUUAGCAUAAAUAUUUAAAAUUAUUAUCGCCAAAAAGAUGGAGCUUUCAGCAUCUAUUAAAAAAGGUUUGAGUUUUCUGUCAGACUUAGAGAAAUGCCAUAAAACUAUUACUAAUGCUUUUGAUAUCAUCGGCUCUUCUAAAAAAAUCAUUACAGAUAAUAUACAGUUUUCUCUAGUGAGUGUUUUAGUUUUAGCAUCCAAACACAAUUGCAACGAACGCCAGUUGCGCGAAAUUCUAGAAGAAUACAUUCCCAAUUCUGAUGUUAUUGACAAAAUUGUGUCCAAGUACAUCCUCCAUAGAGACAUACAGAAUCAGAAAAAUGCAGAAUUUGGUAUAUCACUACCACAUGUUACAGAUGCCAACUGGACACUUCGUUCGGAUUUAUCAUCAUCAAGUUACUCGGUGUCUGCUGGAAACCUCAGUUUUAGCAUUGAGUUGGAGUCAUUCGAGUAUAAAAGUAACGAGAAGAAACCGGUAGUGCGAUUCACCUGCACUCCAGAGGAAUUACAACUUUUCAUUACCAAACUGAAGGAAAUAGAGUUAAAUUGCGAUAGACUUACGAAAUAAUUCGUAUUGAUUUGGAAGGAUUGUUGCGUUAUAGAAAACUGGUCGAUCUAGCAAAUUUAGGCUACUGGAUCUUCCAUUCAGUCCCCGGCAAACGAACGAAAAUGUUAAAGACGGGGUAAAAUAAAAUAAAAAACCCAUUUAGCAGGCACAUUAUGAAAUAGUAAAUUUAAGUGAAAACAAAAGUGCAAUUAACUUAUUUUGCAAUAUUCAUCUCGAACUCCACAAUUUUCAAAUUAAAAUAUUACAAUGAUAGUUUUAUUAAUUUUUUUUCUUGGGUGCGUAAUCAAAGGAGAAAAUAAAAAAGAGUAAUUUAUAGUUA